UGCUCGUACAGCUGGUUUUUAUUUACUGUCUUUUCUGGGUAAAAAGAAAAAGAAAAGAAAAUAGAUUAAACAGUCAAAUGCUGCCAAAAAUAAAAUUUUUGAUAAAAAUAAUAAUUUUAUAUAAAUAAUAAAAUAAUGGCACCGCCGGCACUUAUUAAAAGAUUAAAAGACAAUUCUGUGCUCAAAAAUUUAAAAAAAUAUGCUAAUUAUGAUUUUCUAAAAAGUUUAUUAUUAGAUCCAAAGCGGCUUCCAAUUACUUCAAUAUUAAUAAUAUUAGCAGAAUUUGUAUUAAAUAUUUUGAUUAUUAAUAAAGUUCCAUAUACGGAAAUUGAUUGGCGAGCUUAUAUGCAAGAAUGUGAAGGAUUUUUAAAUGGCACUACAGAUUACAGUCUUCUUAAAGGUGAUACAGGACCAUUAGUCUAUCCGGCCGGCUUUCUAUACUUAUAUUCAAUUCUAUAUUUUAUCACUUCAAAUGGACAACAAAUUCGUUUAGCCCAAUAUAUAUUCUGCUUAAUAUACUUAAUUCAAAUGUAUUUGGUUUUAAGACUUUAUGCAAAAAGUCGAAAAAUUCCACCAUAUGUUUUGAUUUUAAGUGCUUUCACAUCAUACAGGAUUCAUUCAAUUUACGUGCUUCGACUUUUUAAUGAUCCAAUAGCAAUUUUGUUUUUAUAUGCAGCUAUAAAUUUGUAUGUAGACGGAAAAUGGACAUUAGGAAGUGUUAUGUUUAGUUUAGCAGUUUCUAUUAAAAUGAACAUAUUAUUGUUUGCUCCAGCCGUAUUUAUUUUAUAUUUAACUUCUUUAGGAACAAUCAAUACUAUAAAACAAUUGGCAAUUUGCGCUACGAUUCAACUAAUUUUAGGCUUUCCAUUUUUAUUCACAUUUCCAAUUGAAUAUAUUCGCGGAAGUUUCGAUUUAAGUCGGGUAUUUGAACAUAAAUGGACAGUAAAUUAUAGGUUUCUGAGUCGAGAAAUAUUUGAAAGUAAAACAUUUCACAUAAGCUUAUUAGUAAUUCAUUUAAGUUUAUUAAUUUUGUUUGCCAAACCAUGCUAUAAUUAUUUAAAGAGUUAUUGUCGAUUAAGAACACUGCAAGCGCAAUUACAACCGCAAAUAGAAAAGGAAAAUGCUAAAUUAAAACAACUUAAAAGUAUGAAAAAGAAAGUGAAGAAGACCUCAGCUAGCUCCAAAAGCGAAAACGUGGAAGAAAAAUUAACAAAAGAUCAACAAAAAUUUUUAGACUCCUUUGAAAAAUCUUUAAAGGCUAAUAGUGGUGGCAGCCGUAAUUCUCCAAUAAAACCUGAAGAAGAUGAAAAAGAACCGGAAAGUUACCAUAUUCAUUUUGAUAAUUGCAUACAGCUUGUACUAUUACCUUUGUUUUUAAGCAAUUUUAUAGGAGUGGUUUGUGCUAGAAGUUUACAUUACCAAUUUUAUGUAUGGUAUUUCCAUUCUCUUCCAUACCUAGCUUGGAGCACUGAAUACAAUGCCUCUUUUAAAUAUUUAUUGUUAGGCUUCAUUGAAUAUUGUUGGAAUACGUAUCCAAGCACGAAUGUAUCUAGUGUGUUACUUCACGUUUGUCAUUUGUUUCUAUUAUUCGGAAUAGGGAAAAAAAUAUUUAAAUCGAUUGAAAAUACAAAUAAGUUGAAAUAAAUUUUUUUAGCUAAAAUACAUACAUACAUAUUUAAUAUUAAAAGAAAGACUAUUUUUAAUACAAAUUGCUUCAACUUUCAAAAGUUUUCUAAUUGUAAAGAAAAAACCGAAAUAAAUUGCAUU